GUAGUUUACUUCACCGUCUUCAAGCCCAAUGAUCCUAAGAUCUCCGUCAACGCUAUCCAGUUGCCGUCGUUCUCGGUCACCAACGACACCGUCAAUUUCAAAAUUUCCCUAUACGUCACCGUGAAAAACCUCAACAGAGCCGCAUUUUCUCACUACGGCAGCACAGUCCAGCUCUUGCAUUCGGGUUCUCAGAUGGGUUUCAUGUUCAUACCCGCCGGCAAGAUACAGGCGGGUGAGACCCAGUACAUGGCGGCCACUUUUUCUGUCCAGUCAUUCCCAUUGGCGCCUAAAGCGGUGGCGGAGACAACCACUGUUUCAGGCCGCAUUGGUCUUCCCGAUGGGUUUAACGGUUUCCCCAAUAAUGCGCAUCCGGCCAGAGCCACGAUGGAGAUUGACUCGAGGAUGAAGAUGGGGGGUCGGGUUGGGGUAUUGCACUUCUUCACACAUCAUGUGGAAGCUAAAUCCGUGUGCAGAGUGGUCAUUGCUGUGAGUGAUGGGUCUGUGUUACGCUUCCAUUGUUAAUUCUUUAUCUCUAACCUUAUUGUAUACUUGUAGUUGCAGCUCUUAGUAUUUUCAUUCUCUCAGUUUAUGGAGGAUUUGCAAUUCGUUGAAGAAAGUGUGAAGAUUGGAAUUUUUUCUCCCGUUUCCCCUCAUUUUCAAGUAAGAUCCUCCACUAAAACCUCAAGAAAUCCAUCAUUUUAUUCUUUUCUCAACUCUUUUUUAUAAAAAUAAUACUUAAGAAAUCCAUCAUGUUUGGAGGAUUUGGUGAUUUGGGUGAGCUAUCAAAUUUGCAUGACCAAUUUGGAGUAAAGAAAAUUUUCUCCAUUUCCCUUCAUGUUGAAGCAAGCUCUUCCUCCAGUCAUCUUCUUUUUGAAAUUUUUAGCAAAUAAUAAGUUAUGUUCUUUUCAUCUGGGUCUCAUCAAUUCAAGCGUGUUGUGAGCGUGUGAUUGUGAAAGGAACCAAUGAAAAAGGAAAGUAGGGAAGAAGGCUACUGAAAAAGGGAAGGCUUUGCUUCCUUGCUUUGUGUGUAAUUAAUUAGAGAGUAAGUAAAGGUUGAUGCUUUGU